UGUCAAAUAGUGGCUCCGCCCCUUGACUCGUGGCUCAAAAAGGACGCCGAUUUUCUUAGCAGUCAAGAAGAAUGCGGGGAGCAAGGCUUGGUCUGGUUUCUUGACGGCCUGCUCCUAAACUUAAGAGGAAAUAACUUAGAAUCUGAAAGUGGAGGGAAAGUGUUAGCAGUAUGGGCCGCAGCGCAGGCCAGGCAGGGAGAUGCCCUGGGCUGGCAUCCAACCUCUGUGCAAGUGUCUCCCAGAGCCGGUACCUAGGAGCCGGGUUGGAAGUGGAGGCUUUCCUGGCCUCCACUUGGCGAAGCAGAGCGGGGCGUCCCCAGACAGAGGAGUGGUCCAGGAACGGAUACUAAACCCAGAACUUUGCGGUGACUUCUGGGGCCCGAACCAGAGAGGGGACCCAGUGUGGGGAUAAGUGAACUGGACCAGAAAGGACGUGGGCUGGGCUGACUGAGGAGGCUGGAGAAGCUGGGGGUGGGGCGGCCCAGGUGAGGAGUAUCCGUCCCUACUCCUUAAGCUCCUGGUUUAGGACUAGGAAAGAGGUAGGAAACCACCCCUUUUAACUAAAAGCGCUGCUUCGGGGCUUUCCCUUGCACUCUGGCCUUCCCCCAACCUGCCCCUGGGAGGAAGCUGAGAAAGGGUUCUUCCUGCCGCACCUGCUGCCCCAGAAAGUCAGCCUGUCUGCACUCCGAAGGGGCGGGGCCCCGGGUGUGUGGCUCACCUGGAGAGGGCGGGACUUAGGCUCCUGCCUGAUUCAGGUAACCCCUUGCAGGUUCCUUGAACUGGGUGUGGGGCUUAGAGCCAGACAGGAGGGGUUUGAAGUUCUGUCUCCUUUACUUCCGUUAUGGCAGCAUGUCCCCCACCAGCCCUCGUAGCUCUCAGUGAUCUGACGACCUAGGUGACCUCUCCUGGGACUUCGGGACCCUGGGAGCCCUUUGCCAUGAACCAGCCAGCCCCGGGGGUUCCCCCACCACCCCGCCGUGUGAGGCUGAAGCCCUGGUUGGUGGCCCAGGUGAACAGCUGCCAGUACCCAGGACUUCAGUGGGUCAAUGGGGAAAGGAAACUCUUCUAUAUCCCCUGGCGCCAUGCCACAAGGCAUGGGCCCAGCCAGGAUGGGGACAACACCAUCUUCAAGGCCUGGGCUCAAGAGACGGGGAAGUACACGGAGGGGGUGGAUGAGGCUGACCCAGCCAAGUGGAAGGCCAACCUGCGCUGUGCCCUUAACAAAAGCCGUGACUUCCGUCUGUACUACGAUGGCCCUCGAGACAUGCCACCUCAGCCCUUCAAGAUCUAUGAGGUCUGCUCCAAUGGCCCCGCUCCUGCAGAGUCCCAGCCCACUGAUGAUUACACUUUUGGAGAAGAGGAGGAGGAAGAAGAGGAAGAGCUCCAGAGAAUGUUGCCGGGCCUGAGCAUCACAGAACCCGUGCUACCCGGGCCUCCCAUAGCACCCUACUCCUUACCCAAAGACGGCGUCAAGUGGCCACCUGCUCUCCAACCAUCUGUAGGGCUGGGUCCCCCUGCCCCAGAUCCAAAUCUCCUGGUCCCUCCCUCCGGAAAUCCUGCAGACUUCCGGCAGCUUCUCCCUGAGGACCUGGAUCCUGGACCGCUGGCUCCCAGUCAGCCCCCUACAGAACAGCUGUUACCUGACCUGCUGGUCAGCCCCCACAUGCUGCCUUUGACUGACCUGGAGAUCAAGUUCCAGUACCGCGGUCGUCCACCCCGUGCCCUCACCAUCAGCAACCCCCAGGGCUGUAGGCUCUUCUACAGCCAGCUAGAGGCUACUCAGGAGCAAGUGGAACUCUUCGGCCCUGUGAGCCUGGAGCAAGUGCGCUUCCCUAGCCCAGAGGACAUCCCUAGUGACAAGCAGCGUUUCUACACAAACAAGCUGCUAGAUGUCCUGGACCGUGGGCUCAUCCUCCAGCUGCAGGGCCAGGACCUGUACGCCAUCCGUCUGUGUCAGUGCAAAGUGUUCUGGAGUGGGCCCUGUGCCUUAGCCCAUGACUCACGCCCCAACCCCAUCCAGCGGGAGGUCAAGACAAAGCUCUUUAGCCUGGAGCAGUUUCUCAACGAGGCCUUAAUCUUGAUGCAGAACUCAUCCUGUUCCAGAAGGGCCAGACCAACACCCCGCCACCUUUUGAGAUCUUCUUCUGCUUUGGAGAAGAAUGGCCUGACCUCAAACCCCGAGAGAAGAAGCUCAUUACUGUACAGGUGGUACCCGUUGCAGCCCGGUUGCUGCUGGAGAUGUUCUCAGGGGAGCUCUCCUGGUCGGCGGACAGCAUCCGGCUGCAGAUCUCAAACCCAGAUCUCAAAGACCACAUGGUGGAGCAGUUCAAAGAGCUCCAUCACAUCUGGCAGUCCCAGCAGCGGAUGCAGCCCAUGGUCCAGGCCCCUCCUGUGGCAGGCCUUGGUGCUGGCCAAGGGCCCUGGCCCAUGCAUCAUCCAGUUGGCAUGCAGUAACAAGACUACAGAUAGUGGCUGGCCUGGGUUUCCUGGGGCAACUGUGGAGAUUGGCAUGGUAAUGAAGUGGCCCCAGCAGGCCUGGCUGGCUGCAGGGUUCUACUUCUGAGUCUGUUAAGAGAGGCCUCAGGUCACAGUCUCCCUAAAAUUCUUCCAUUUGAGCAUUGUCUCCCAGAGAUCUGUAAUGUUUGGCUCUGAAGAAAUGUAGCCAGCAGCUCAGUGGGAGGGAAGGAACAUCACUAGCCCGGGACCUAGAUACAUGGGUCCAGUUAUCCCAGGGUAGCCAACUUUUAUGGUUACCCCAAUUCCUCUAGCAAAAAGUACCAAGGAGUGUUUGUGGCGCUUCUGCAGAGAAUGGGCCUGAUUUAGGGAUUCCCUAGCUUGAGCCUUUCUCAUCUUCCUUCUGACAAGAACGUCACUAGACGCUUGGGGCUGACAGCUGCCUUCCUUCAGAGUCUAAGAAGCUGGGGUACAAAGUAGAAUUUAAUAUAUUUUUGGAUUAAUAAAUGUUAAAAGCAGA